AUGGCACAAAAAACUGAGAAGAAAUAUACUCCGAGACGCGACCUUCGUGAGAGCAGUAUGUGCUCCCUGGGGAGUUGGCUAACGACCUUUAACUGGGACUGUGUAUUGAAUCUGUCGUCUGUCAAUGAAAAGGUUCAUUCGUUUUAUGAGAUCUUCUGCAAAGCGAUUGAAAUAUUUCUUCUUGCGAGGAGGGUGAGAGUAUGCUCAUCGGAUAAGCCUUGGGUGUCGAGUAGAUUGAAGUCGCUGGUGUCCAGGAGACAAUCGGCGUUCAAGGCUCUUGGCAAAGACUCAGCCAUAUUUAAAAUGUUUCGUAACAAAGUGCAAAAAGAAGCCAGGAACUGUAAAAGGUCCUACUUCAACUCGAAGGUCUCUUCACUCAAGGACACAAAUGUAUCAAAGUGGUGGGCUGAGGCUAAAGCCCUUAGUGGCCUCACUGCUAGAUCCGAAUGGUGGCACCAGCUUAUCGACACUCCCACUACAGAUGCAUUUUGUAAGAAAUUUAACACAUUCCUAGAAAAUGUUACCUCUCACUUCGCCUCCUGUGCGACUACCCUCCCUGUUCCACCGGAUUUCCUUGUGUCCGAUCACCAGGCUUACAAGGCACUUUGCUCAAUGAAAGCAAAGAAGUCGUCGGCUCCUGACCCUUUACCAUCCCGCCUAUGGAAGGAGUUUGCUUACGAACUUGCCCCCGUCGUGGCCAACAUAAACAACAGCUCUCUGAAGGAGGGACAUGUGCCCAAGCGCCUGAAGUCCUCGUAUAUCACCCCCACACCCAAGGUCUCGCCCCCAAAGGUGAUCGAGGAAGACCUGAGGCCGAUCACGUUGACAUCCCCCCUAGCGAAGAUCUUAGAAGGGUUCACCCUGGAUCUGCUUACAUCACAAGUAAUUAAAAAACUUGACAUUAAGCAGUUUUCCGUGAGUGGGAAGAGCACGACCCAUGCGUUAGUGUAUAUGCUCCAUGUUAUUCUAGAGGCACUUUACAGAGGCAACAAUUAUGUUAGAAUUUUCUUCGCUGACUUCAGCAAGGGGUUCGACUUAGUAGACCACCACUCCUUGCUGAACGAAAUGCGUUCACUAGAUGUCCAUCCUGUUAUAACAAGAUGGGUUUUUUCUUUCUUAACGGAUAGGUCACAGCGCGUAAGAAUAGGUAGCUCAUUGUCUUUGCCUGUGUCCCCUAAUGGGGGAAUUCCUUCAAGGAACUAA